GCACAAGACGUGUUUUGUAUUAUGAAAAAAUUGUAAAAUAUCAUCGAUGUCUUACAAUGCACUACAAAUCUAUCUCGAUAUAUCCUACUAGACAAGGGGGGUCCGUAAUUGAGUUUAAUCGUUAGCUUUUGAAAAUAAUUGGGGAUAAAGAAUAACUUUUUACUAGUAUAUUUGGAUUUUAAAUACAAGAACAAAUGAGUUGUGGUCCUAAUGAAAAAUAUGUUUCCUAAUAAUAGCAGCGAUCGCUACAAUGUACCGGGUUGGAGGUUAAAUUGUGUCAUUUUUUUCUUUGGUUUGCGAAUUGCGCCUAUUUUUCGAUUUUUCUUUUCGCCUAACUCAAUCUUUGGAGUCCUAAGUUGAACAUUUGAAUAUUGAUUUUAUAUAAGUGUAUGUGAAUUUUCACUAUAUGUUGGAUCUAAGUACGACAUGUUAUUUUGGUGUAAUACUAUAUGUUAUAACUCAUAUGUUAGAUUAGAUUUGAUAUAAUUUAUUAGGAUAAGUAGAAUAUAAUGACUUUUUCCAUAUUUUCGGGCUAAAAUGGGUGACCCAUUAACCCUUGACCCACUAGCUCGAUCAGGUUCGGGUCAACCCGCGGGUUGACAACCUUGCUACGAAUACAUGUUUGAAACUAACCCAAAACCAUAGUGAAAUGACUAAAUAUGCAUUAAGAUGGAGGAAAUAUCGCUAAUAAAAUGGUAUGAAAGACAUCACUUUUCAAGUGUCAUCACAUAACAUUUUCAAAUCGCUAGAUGUAUUUUGCACAAAGAUAACAUUCGGCAGUCGCAUCGUGUAUAACACCUCGUUGAUGAAUAUGAUUGAUAACAACUUCUCAAUCUCAACACGGAGUGCCUUUUCCUUCAAUCCACCUAUGCCUCUCCGAUUUUGCUUAAUGGCUUUUCUCCCCGCUUUUACAGUGAUCUGGUGUUCCGCAAUGUCGGAGCUAACGCUUGACAGCGCUCCAUGCGAACAACUUAGCAAAUUCCUAGAGAAGACUCAUUAGUGGCUCGACCAUUUCGACAGUUACAUGCGUCGAGAUUCGUACUUUCCUUUUAGGUUUUUGUGGGCGUAGAGGCACCAUGGUUUCAGCAUAAACGCCUCCGCCUUUGAAGUAUCUUCAGGCCUUACAUCUAUGUUGUACGCUUGAUUCCUCUUUGAUGGUCGCUGUGGGGCAUUUAAUGUCACUCUUCCCCUUGCGAUCCUAAUUAUGUAUUAGGCUACAAAUUUCAAACCCUGGUGACAUGGUGACACAAUGUUGUUAAAGAUCAUGAGAAACGUUAUUGCAGGAUAGCAUUAUAGGGAGAGGGGCAAUCCAUUGUGCCAAAUUCUAUAGUAUGUGUUGCCCAAACCUCCCAUUGUCAUAAGGAGGCGCACACUUACUCGUACGAGAGAGGUAGAACUCUCCUAGUCACUCUUAUUUCCUUAGUUUCCUUGGCAUCGUAUAUUUACUUCAUAAGAAGAUAAUUACAUAGAUUUGGCAGAUUUUGAUUCCUAUAUAUUCAUUCAUGAGAUAGUAUAAUUCAUUUACGAUACAUAGACUCCAUCUAUAUAAAUGUCAUCUACACUCGAAAAGUCGUAUGCUUUGGAAGAAGCUUGUACAAUUUGGGCAGAGACACCUAUACUAAGCCCUCUAUCAAUUCAACUCUCAGACCCUGUGGCGUGGUCUUCCUCUAUCUUGGGCUCGACAGUACCGCUUCACAAAAGUACCUUUUUCCCACCACCUAGCUCGUACUACUGGCCUUCAUGGGCAUCAAGUGUAUCACCUAUUGCUAGGACGUUCAAGUGAUUAUCAUGUAAUUAUCAAAUCAAUUAAGUUUAAAUUCUAUUAAUCAUAGUGUUUACACCUAAAAAAUAAUCGUGUACCACAUUGAUUAUUUACAAGGCAUUUAUUAUCUUUAUAAGGACAGAUCAUUAAUGUCAAUUAAUGUUAUUUGAACUUGGCCUCAUGAUAUUAGUUUCAAGCCCCAAACUACUAAGUCUCCAAGAAUGAGCUAGUCUCGUCACGAGUUGAAGAGCUUAACGUGGUUGUGAGAUCUAGACCACGUUGGUGUCAAAUCUAGAGCCCGACGUGGUCGUGAGAUCAAGACCACGUUGGUGUCAAAUCUAGAGCCUGACGUGAUCGUGAGAUCUAGACCACGUUGGCAUCAAAUCUAGAGCCCGACGUGGUCGUGAGAUCUAGACCACGUUGGUGUCAAAUCUAGAGCCCAACGUGGUCGUGAGAUCUUGACCACGUUAGUGUCAAAUCUAGAGCCCGACGUGGUUGUGAGAUCUAGACCAUGUUGGAGUCAAAUCUAGAGCCCGACGUGGUCGCGAGAUCUAUACCACGUUGGCGUCAAAUCUAGAGCCCGACGUGGUCGUGAGAUCUAGACCACGUUGGCAUCAAAUUUACAGCCUGACGUGGUCGCGAGAUCUAUACCCCAUCGUGAGUCUAGACCAUGUCCAAGAUCUGAACUAACAAGUUGGAAGUAAGAAAGCAAGCCAUGUGGGAGAGGCAAGUAACAAGACGACAGUUCUAAGAUAAAGAGCAAGCGGUUAACAGAGAAACUGCCGAUUAUCCCACGUACAAUGACACGUCGGCCACGUUCGAGAAAGAAGGGGAGCAGUUCUUUUUGGAAGUUACUCUAAGACAGUUUUCUACGACAUUUAUCAUCUCAAGCCUAUAAAUAGGAGGAGGAGUUGACAGAGGAAAGGUUCGCCAAAUUCAUACCACACAACACAAUGUCAAAAUUUAUCCCUUUAUCCUUCCCUCUGCAAUUUUAGUCGUCGUCGUAGAUCUGGAGCUCUCACUGAACCUCCAUAGGAGUAAGAGUAAAUUAACGUAGAUUUCUGUCUUGCGAGUCGUGUAAACAUCGAACAACCUCGUUCGAACUUUGUUUGAAGAGGUAUGGACUGUGUUUAGUAAUCGUUGUCCGAAGAAGUCAAUGUGCAAUCAAUUCAAUUCAACACAAGUUUUCUCGCUGGAAAACACAUAGAAUAUAAUAUUAUAAUCAAACCGGCCAAACAAAUACAACAACCAAAUAAAAAAAACUUAAGUGUAAUCGGUUUUAUUAAUUGGUUAACUAAUAUAACAUUAUCAUUAGGCGAGAAAAAAUCUCCUAAUAAAGUAUAAAUCCCUAAUUUAUAUAAUGAAUAAAAUAUAACAAUUAACACAUUGUUAACUCUUUACAUAAAUCCAUGCAAAUAAUAAAGUUAUAUUACAGUCACUAGAAGUAGUCACCUAACAAAACCCGGCCAAACAAAUACAACAACCAAACUAAAGUGUAAUCGGUUUGAUUAAUUGGUUAACUAAUAUAACAUUAUCAUUAGGCGAGAAAAAAUCUCCUAUAAAUCCCUAAUUUAUAUAAUGAAUAAAAUAUAACAGUUAACACAUUGUUAACUCUUAACAUAAAUCCAUGCAAAUAAUAAAGUUACAUUACAGUCACUAGAAGUAGUCACCUAACAAAAAGAUAUGCUAAUGGUAUAUGGUUAAUGAAUUGGGUUUGUCUGUGUGAAUUGUGUUAGUCUCUUAUCAAUCAUCAAAGGAUGAAAAACUCUUCCAUUUCAACUUUUCAUCCAAUAUAAUGUAUGAAGUUUUUCUAAAUUAGACAUCUAUUAUGUUGUCUACUAUCUAUAAGAACACAUAUAGUAUGGCAACAAUAAUGAGGUUCAUUUAAUUUUUUUUAUGGAUCCAAAAGGGAGGAAUGCUUCGAUGUUGACUCUUGAGUGAUUAUACAAGUAUGAGUAUAUAAUAAACUAGAUAUAGCUAAUUGAUUAUGAGUGUCUGAAAUCAAAUCAAACCCACUAAACCAAACAAGCUAAAAAAUUUACCCGAAUCAAAUCAAUUACCCAAAUUAACCAAACCAAAUUAUCUGAAUACUACCGGAUAAAGUGGUUACCACGACACAAUUGGAACACCUAGAGGUGGCAAAUGGAUUGGAUCCAUGGAUUGGGAGAUCCAUGGAUCAAAUGGAUUGGUGGAUUCAUGGAUUGGAUUGGUGGAUUAUCCAUGAAUCCAAAUGACAUCCUCAACCUUGGACCAAUAUGUAAAAUGUGAAAAGUUGAGGUACUAAAAUGUCGUAAUGAAAAAUUGUAGGUACCAAAAUAUAAUUUUCCAAUGAUAUUUUCGUAUUAAAAAAUAAAUUUAGGUACCAAAAUAUAAAAUAUAAUAAGUAUAGGUACCAAAUCGUAAUUUAUCAUUUGGAUCCAUAGAUCAAUUCAUAAAUCCAUCAAUCCAAUUGGAUUUGGAUCAAAUGGAUUGGAUUUAAAUGAAUUGGAUUAGGUAGAUAUUUUUAAUAGAUUGGUGGAUUGGAUUGAGAAUUACCACCUCUACGAACAAUGAUAAGAUUUCCCCUAAAUGUCUUUCAAAAAGUCAAACAAAGAAGCGUCACAUUACUUAUAAUUAAGAAUCUUCAUAGAUUUAUCUGAAUGCAUAUUCAUUUGUGACAUCUCAGAUUCUCAUAUUUGGAUUUCAGUUUGGCCAUAAAAAUACCCCAGCCGUCUAACCAUUCACUGAGUGGUAACGCAAUGAAUCACCUUGAAAGCUUAAACUAUGCGCAGCGACGGCUGUUGCCAUAAACAGCAUUUUGAGCAAAAGCAGCAAAAGAUGCCCCCUUACAGUUGGAACUUGGAAGACAGUUGGAUGAAUAGGUCUAUCUUGCCAGUCCACAAACAAAAAUACAUAUAAAAAAAGGAACCGGUCUAUGUAUUGGAAUUGACUCUCGACAUUGUUGCCAUCGAUGUGUUUAGUUUUUUGUUCGUGACAUAAUCGAUGUGGUUAAUAAUUAACAUUGUUGUUAGUUGUUACUAAUAAUCAGCUUUGUGGACAUUGUUGCUUACUUUCUUACCCACCUCCAAGAUUCUCAAACCAGCUGUUGAGGUUGCACCAGGUGGGAGAAGCAUAGAUUGGUUAUACCGGUUUGUAGGUGUUGUUAAGACUGUCGAUUUGGUUUGGUUAACCAAACCAUUAAGCAUGAAAACCCAAAAACCAAAAAACCAACAUGUACUCAUACACUCAUAUUCAUUUCCAUUUUCCUACUUUUUAUUGAAUAAACGUCAUAAUAAUUGUAAAUGAUAAAAUGACUAUUUCAAAUUAUUGGUUAACAUGCGUAUCAAAAGAAACAAAAAAAAUUAUUUGUUGAUAAAUCAUUUUAUUAUUAUAAUUUGUACAUUCUUAUUGGUUUCGUUCAGAUUAUUUUUUUUUAUUGGUUUCGUUCAGAUUAUUGGUUUCUUAUUGGUUUCUAUUGAUUUUUCGGUUUUAACCGAACCAAACAUUAAGUUGCUAGUUGGUUUAAAACCGAAAAACUGAAACCAUUAGCUUUCCAAUUGGUUUGGUUUUGAAAAAACAAAACCAAAUUGACGGCCCUAGGUGUUGUUGAUCGUCAUAUGCUAAUUUUCUUUGUCUUCCAUGCGAUGUUAGUGGUAAUCAAUCGGAUUAUAUUUUAUAUAGCUGGAUCAACUAGUUUAGGACAUGAAUUCACUAAUUUCGAAUAAAGAUUAAGCGGGUUGCUUGUAUGAAUUUAAAUGUUGUUAUAUGGAUUUUGUUAGUUCCUAACAUGUGUUGGGGGAACUUCCAACAUGAAAUCAAUACUUUGUAGUAAGGUUUUAUUGGUUUUUGUUGUAUAUUCAUUCAUUUCUACCAUCUUGCCACCAUUAGUUGAGCUCCUAGUCCUACAGGAGGCCAUCUAGUGAUGUCUGGAACGUGGCCUCUUGCACUUGCAGGUUCGGUUUGAAGGGAACACGAAGGUGGUCAUCGAUAAGAUAAAUCAGACAUGCAAGCAAGAUCAUCACUAAGGGGCCAUCUUUGAAGAAGUCUCGACCGAUUAGGACUUCAUUUGGUCGAAAUAAUAAUAGGGUAGCUUAUUU